AUGGCUCUUACUGCCAAGAAUAAGCUGGCGUUCGUUGAUGGAUCUCUUCCUCAACCUUCGAUUGAAUUUGGGCUGAAUACCAGGCUUGGUAUGUGGAUUGAUCUAAAGGAACGUUUUUCUCAGAAAAACGGACCUAGGGUUUUUCAAUUACAGAGGUCAAUUUCAGUCCUUUCUCAAGGAAAUUCUUAUGUUAGUUCGUAUUUCACUCUUCUGAAGUCACUCUGGGAUGAACUCAGCAAUUAUCAUUCAAUUCCCCCAUGUUCUUGUGGAGGAAUGAAGGUUGUUGCUGAGAAUUAUCAUCAGGAGUAUAUCUAUCAUUUUCUCAUGGGACUUAAUGAGUCCUUUGCGGCUAUUCGAGGUCAAAUUCUACUUAUGGAACCUCUGCCUUCUGUGAAUAAAGUUUUUUCUUUAGUCAUCCAAGAAGAAAAACAACAAGAAAUCUCUGUGAAGUCACAAAUUCUCGGUCAAGAAUCUACUGCUCUUAUGACAAAAUCUACUGCACCUGUUUCUCGUUUCACAAAACAGCCUUACCGCAAAGAGAAGCCCGUCUGGACUCACUGUGGAGUACUAGGUCACACUGCUGAAAAGUGUUACCGCCUGCAUGGCUUUCCACUGGGUUUCAAAUUUACCAAGAAUCUUCGGAAUUCUUCAUCUGCACAUUAUGCAAAUCAUGUCCAGGAGAUGGACAUCAAUUCUUCUCAACAACAUGAUUCUCAUCAGGUUGUGCCUCAGUUGACUAUCACGCCGGAUCAAUGA